AUGGCUGCUGAAAUGGAAUGGAGACGAAAUCGACAAGGGGAUCUCAAUUCUCAAAGUUGGCAUCCAUUUGAGAUUAACUCUAAAGUUUACUUAAUCAAGUCGUAUUUUUCUGAAGAAGAUUACGAAGUUUGUUUAUACGAUCCUAAUUAUGGAUUGUGGUCAGAGAGAUUAGAUCAAAUGGAUAUUAGGAAACGGUGCAAGGUACUUAAUCCCAAUGUUGAAGCUCCAUUACAUCAAAUCCUGAAACAUAUUAGCAAGUCGAUUGAAAUUCAAAAGCCUGACAUAAAUUACAGUUUGGAAUUUCAAGACAAUCAGGAAGGCGAUCAAAUGGUUAUGUUCAGUUUUAGCACUCUCCUAGCUGGGCUUCCAUUUAACUGGACAUUCCAUUGCGAGCUUGCUCAUCUCCAAGAGUUAGAUUUGCAUUUGAUACAACCAUUAUGGAUGAUGAUUAGUGAGUUGCUGAGAAGACAGGAAGAGCUGAAAAAAAUCAUCGUAAAUAAGGAUAGAGAGAUCGACGAUUACAAAAGUACUGGGGCAAGAUGCUCAAGAAAACAAUUAGAAACUUCUAAAUUCGACGAGAAAUCUUUUACGAAUGAAAUGAUAACAUCAAAGGAUUUUGAAGACCAAAUUCGAACUGGUACAUCAAAAUUUGUAGCUACCAAAGUAUCGGAGCUGUACAAACAAUUAAUGAUUAAAAAGACAUGGCUUCAAGUCAGAGAUAGUUACAAUUUUGAUCAAGCUUUUGAAAAUAGCUUGUAUGAUAUGUCGGGCACCCAAAGAGAGUCUGCCGCAGUCACUGGCGGAGCUGGCUCAUGGCUUAAUAAGUUACCACCCUCUUUAAUGCCAAAUGAAAGUAUCUCGCCCGAAAAGAAAUCCCCUAUAAAAAAGCAGAAAGCGACUAUAUCUCCACAAGUUACACCUCAAAAGGAGGAAAAUGCAGAACUAAAAAGGCGUCUAGAACUAGAACAGAAGCUGGCUAAAAAUGCGGAGAAAGUGGCAGCGAAAAAGAAAAAGAAAUUAAAAUUUUAA